AUGAGGAGUCCCAGUGCUCCCCGAAAAAAUUUUCACAGUAGCAAUAAUGGAAAUAGUGAUUACGGUGGGAAGAAUGGGAAAAGUAGCUUCAAAGGAACUCAUUCAGGAAAAACCAAGUGUUAUGAAUGUGGAGGUUAUGGUCAUAUUUCCACUGACUGUGGAAAUAGAAAACAUGGGAACAGUCAAAAUAAGUCGCUACUAUCAACAUGGAGUGAUGAUGAAACUCAGGAAAGUGAAAAUGUGGCAUUUGUAUCAUCUUUAUUAGCUGACUCUGAGAGUGAUGAGAUAUUCUCAGAUGAUGAAACUACUAUCCGCUGCAAGCAACUCUAUAAGGCAUCAAAAGCCACAUUGAUCAAGAACAUGGAAUUGGAAAUAGAAGUUGAGAAGUUGAAGGCUGAAAAAGGAGAGAUGCAGCACCUGUUAAAGGAAUCUCAGACCUUGUUGGAUCAAGAACGGAAUAGGUUCGCUGAUGAAUUAGCAAAUGUGUCAAAUGACGAAGAAGUGUCAGCAUGGAAAAAUGAGCGUCUGGAACUUAACAAAAAAAUCAAAGUGCUGGAACUUGAGGUAAAAGGGCAAGACACUUUAAACUUAAAUUUGUUAAUAGAAAUUGAUUCCUUGCAGGAUGAACUAAAAGUCACACAAGAAAAAUUUACCAAGUUCGACAUCAGUUCAGGAGCUAUAUCCAAACUGUUUGGAUCAGGUAAAGCCCCACAUGACACUUCUGGACUUGGCUACUCUGGUGAAAGUUCUAAAGGUACAAAGUUUGUAAAAGAAACUCGACAAACUGUUGAGAAUAACGAAUCAAGCACCGAACCUGUCAAAAGGAUCAAGGAGCAUAAAUAUGCUCAACAGGUAAAGGUUGACCAAGGAACUGCUACUGGUCAAAACAGGUAUCUCAAUUCCAAGAAUUUUAUUCCUACCUGUCAUUACUGUGGUAAGAUAGGACAUAUUAGACCAAGAUGUAACGAGAGAAUUAAGGCACAGAUUGUUCAAGGAAGGUGUAGUGUAGAAUCACUACAAAUUGAACUUAGAGAGCAAAAGGAACUUAUCAAUAAGCUGACUGAUUUAUUUUCUACAAGCAACUUAAAAAUUGCCAAAGAUAAACCUGUCUGGACUAGGAAAAGCAGUUCUCUUGCUCACACUGAUGCUACUUGUCUUAUCACAUGUGUGAAACCAGGUGAAAAAGUGACACACAUUGAGGCCACCUGUCUAGUUGCUCUAACAGCUUUGGAAGACAAACGCAAAGAUUUCUGGUAUGUUGAUAGUGGCUGUUCGCGACACAUGACUAAAGACAAAGCAUGGUUCUCUUCCUUUGAGGAUGAAUGCACAACAGGAUCUGUCACCUUUGGUGAUGGGAGGAAAGCAAACAUACUAGCACGAGGCACUGUCAAUACACCCAUUCCAAAUCUCAAGAAUGUACUCUAUGUUGAAGGACUGACAGCAAAUUUAAUUAGUGUCAGUCACUUGGCUGAUGACUAUGAAGAUGUAUGGUUCAAUAAACAACGAUGUCUAGUGUUAAAUCACAAAGGGGAAGGCAUCAUGGGAGAUCUGCUAAAGUUAGCUUCCAAGCAAUGUGUCAGAGGCUUACCAUCCCUAAAAGGCAAGACAGAUAAGAUGUGUGGAGGCUGCAAAAUUGGGAAGCAGAUCAAGACUCCUCACAAAGUGGUGAACUCAGCUACAACCACAAAAGUUAUGGAACUGCUCCACAUGGAUCUUAUGGGACCAGCUCAAACCGAAAGUAUUGGAGGUAAAAUCUAUAUGUUGGUAGUGGUAGAUGAUUUCUCAAGAUUUAUGUGGGUAAAUUUUCUAAAAGACAAAGCUGAAACAUUUGAAUCUUUUAAAAGUGUAAGUCAGAAAAUGUUGAUAGAAAAGCAAUCAUCUAAUCUGUGUAUGAUAAGGGUCAGAUCUGAUAAUGGAACUGAGUUUAAAAAUGCUGCUUUUACUAACUAUUUCAAUGAGCUUGGUGUUUCCCAUGAGUUUUCAGCCCCAAUCACUCCUCAACAAAAUGGAAUUGUUGAGAGGAAGAACAGAGUCCUGUUGGAUAUGGCCAGAGUCAUGCUACAUGAUGCAAGUCUUAGCACCAACUUUUGGGCUGAAGCUAUAAGCACUGCUUGCUACACCAUAAAUCGAGUCUUUCUCAGACCGGGCACUGACAAAACAGCAUAUGAACUUUGGAAAGGUAAGAAACCAAAUGUAGGACACUUUCAUGCUUUUGGAAGUAUCUGCUACAUUUUAAGGGAUCGAGAACAUCUUGGGAAAUUUGAUGUAAGGAGUGAUGAAGGUGUGUUCCUAGGUUACUCCCUAAAUAGUAGGGCUUAUCGAGUUUACGGUGUUUACCACAAAAGAACUCGUGUGGUGAUGGAAUCUAUCAAUGUAUCUAUUGAUGAUCAGCUUGUCAAGCAGGAAGAGUCAUAUGCAGAUACUUCUUCAACCUCAAACACACUGGCAGAAUCUAAGUUAAACAAUGAUGAGGAAGAGGAAAUAACUGACAGCAUUUUUGAACCUACUCCGACAAUGAGACAAGGUUUCAAACAAUUUGGUUUUGUGUCAUUGGUUGAACCAAAAAAUGCUAGGGAAGCCUUAUUGGAUGAUCAAUGGAUUAGUGCUAUGCAGGAAGAAUUGAAUCAGUUUGCUAGGAAUGAUGUGUGGUUCAAACUGUUCCAAAUGGAUGUCAAAACUGCUUUUCUCAAUGGUAUAUUACAAGAAGAAGUUUAUGUGGAACAACCUCAAGGUUUCAAAGAUCCACAUAACCUGGACCAUGUCUACAGACUCAAGAAAGCCUUAUAUGGACUCAAGCAGGCUCCACGAGCCUGGUAUGAAAGGCUUUCCAAUCAUCUUGUGGGAAAAGGGUACACGAGAGGAUCAAUUGAUAAAACAUUAUUUGUAAAACAAGUGAAAAAUGAUCUUAUCAUUGCUCAGGUGUAUGUUGAUGACAUUGUUUUUGGUUCUACAUCUAAAUAUCUUGUCAAUGAAUUUCAAUCUGUCAUGGAAAGUGAAUUUGAAAUGAGCAUGUGUGGUGAGCUAACCUUUUUCCUUGGACUGCAAGUAAAGCAACUUGACGUAGGUAUCUUUCUCUCUCAAACCAAAUAUGCUGAGAAUCUCAUCAAGAAAUUUGGCAUUGAAUCCAAGAAAGUGGUUAACAAUCCCAUGAGCACCACUACUAAGCUGAGCGAAGAUCCGCAUGGAAAAUCAAUCGAUUCCACUCUCUAUAGAAGCAUGAUUGGAAGCUUGCUGUAUCUCACUGCCAGUCGACCUGAUAUUUCCUACAAUGUGGGAGUGUGUGCUCGAUUUCAAGCAAAUCCCAAGGAAUCACACUUGGAAGCUGUCAAAAGAAUCAUCCGAUAUAUUUCAGGUACAGUUAACUGUGGUAUUUUCUAUACCUUCGACACUAACGUGGAAAUUGCAGGGUAUUCUGAUGCUGACUGGGGAGGAAACUUAAAGGAUAGAAAAAGCACUUCUGGAGGCUGUUUCUUUAUUGGGAACAAUCUUGUGGCUUGGCACAGCAAGAAACAAAAUUGCAUUUCCCUAUCUACUGCAGAGGCUGAGUAUGUUGCAGUUGAGAGUUGCUGCACACAAAUGCUUUGGAUGAAGCAAAUGCUUCAUGAUUAUGGCAUCGCUCAAGUCUCUCUGGACAGUCUUCGUGACACCGUCCUGGUGGCUGACUGGCGGAUCGCUUGCCUCACAAAUGAUAUGGAUGAUAUGCACUCCCUCCUGGUCCGCACCAACCACACUCUGACCAACCUCCUCAAGGAAGUCCGGAACAUGCAGCGCUACCCUCCUGGGUUUGGCGCUCCUGGUCCGUCCACUAAUGUCAAGGAAGAAGAUGCACCGGAGGACAGCACCGCUUCCAUGGAUAGCGAGGAGUUUCCGGACACCGUGACCAAAAUGCUGGAGGAGUUUGAUGAGUACAGAGAUGAAAAUUGUCAUGUGUUGAAUGGGAAUGCCCAAAGGGGGAGAUUGUAA